AUGGGACAUCGCUGGUGGGAACCCAGGAGUGUUCUUCCAGACCAUAACCCUCCCAAUCAACCCUCCUCCAUCUUCGAAUAUGUCGGGUGGUGCAUCUUCGGGGACCGUCUCCUGCAGGGAAUCAGAUGUAACAGAAACAAAGAAGGGUUUAAGACAUAUCAUUGGAUCCAGAAGAAUCAACAGAGACGGAUCACGACAGACUCGAAGGAUAACAAGUGCUUGCAAGCACAAGCUGUAACCUCCAAAUCCCAGCAACAAACACUGGAGCCCAAUUUGGUAAUUGGGAAGAUGGAGGAAGACAAGGACAAAGUGCCAUGUAAUAAUGAGGCCAAAGAAGACAAAAACUAUGAAGAUAAAAGAGAAAACAAUGCAGUGGACACUCAUCAUGCAGGAGGUUGUAUAGGCACUGAGUGUAAAGACUCUAUCAAUGAGAAUCACACGUCUAAAAACAAGCUGUCAAAAACACCCAGUUUUGGGAGGACAGUCCGCUUUUCAGAUACUAAAGAAGUGGUGAGAGGAGACAGCUCGGAAGUUAACCUUUUCCCGGAUCAUGAAAACAAAGAAUGGACCACGACUACAUUUGAGGAGUUGUUCACAUCUGGGGACUGGAUCAACCUCACAGAUGACUGUCUGCUUAGGAAGAAAGUGCUAAAUGUCAAGCCCACACAUGCCCCAUGUCCCAUCUGGGGGCAUGAGGUCACCAUGAAAAUGCAGGGGAUCCUGAAAGACAGAACCAUGGUAGAAAAGGACUGCAAGCUGGUCUUUGUUAUAGGAGAAGGAGAUGUCAACCAAGCGUUGGAGAAGUGUGCCGUAACAAUGAGGAUGGAAGAAGUUGCAUUAUUGCUGGCAGACUCACAAUAUACUUAUGGACAACUGGGAAGAGAGCCUGAUAUACCAGCCUGGGCACCUAUUAUGUACCAGCUGCAGCUCCUGGAAAUCAAAGAAAAACUGGACCCCUUGUCUCUGCCUGUGGCAGACAGGAUACGCAUUGGCAAUCAGAAACGAGAACGAGGCAACUUUUACUUUCUGAGGGAGGAGUAUGAUAGGGCAGCACAGGCCUAUUGCAUGGCCUUGGAUGUGCUCACCACAAAUUCACAAGAGGAGCAAUGCUUCACUCCAGAAGAGGAAGAGGUCAGUGAUUACCGAGUAAAAUGUCUGAACAACCUAGGGGCAGUUCAAUUAAAGCUACAACAGUAUGAUGAGGCACUGCAUACCAGCCAAGAUGUGCUCUGCCUAGACCCUAACAACGUCAAAGCUCUCUACAGGAAAGGGAAGCUUUUAUCAAACAUGGGUGAUUAUGAGGAGGCCAUGGAGACCCUAAAGAAAGCCUUAAAACUAGAGCCAUCCACUAAGGCCAUACAUGCUGAACUAUCAAAACUAGUUAAAAGACAGGCAGGGGACAAAGACAUAUUGAAUCCAGUCACUGCUGAGAUAUUUAGAGGAAGCACAUCCCUGUUACCUAAAGCCCGCAAAAAGAACUCACAUGGCAUUUCUUCAGUCAUGUUGCUUGGUGCAAUGGUGGUGGCCUUGGUCAGCUUAAUCAUCUCACUGAUCCUGACUGCAAGAAGCUAA